UUGACAUAAUCACCUAGCACAAAGGGACGUAACUUCAAGUGAAAGCACUUCCGGGUUAAUGAAAAUAAAAAUUUUGGAUUAAAAACACCUUUUUCAUACUAAGGAUGUGUCUAGUAUUGGGUGCAACAGGUUCUGGUAAAACUCUUCUUGUGAAAAGACUUGAAAAUUCACCGGAUGCUAUUAAAAAGGGACCAGACUUUAGUUUUGAAGAUAUGCCAGCCACAAUAGCUACUGUUGGUACCAAUCUUGUGUCAGUGUCAGUAAAUAGAAGACAGGAGAUUACAAUGAGGGAAAUAGGUGGAUGCAUGGGUCCUAUUUGGAAGAACUACUUUAAAGAUGCCACAGCUGUUAUGUAUGUGGUUGAUAUAUCAAAUAGAUUACAAGUAGCAGCAUCAUGUAUACAGCUUCUGACAGUAUUAGCUUCAGAUGGUUUACCUCCAAAAAUACCAGUUCUUAUUGUUUUUAAUAAAACGGAUAUGCCAGGCAAGCUUACCAAAGGUGAAAUAGAGACAUUAUUUCGUUUAAGUGACAUUAAAAGUCAUUGUGAUAGACCACUUGAACAUAUAGAGGUCAGUGCAUGUACUGGACAAGGAAUUCAUAAAGUCAUCAAGUGGAUGGAACAAAAUUGUUUUGGGAAAUGAUUUAGGAGGAUGGAUUAUUAGACGUAGAAAUCAUCAAACAAGAGAUUAGAGCAUUUAACCUAGAUAUGCUUUACCAGGAAUGCUGUCUUGUUCUGUAGCAUCAUGAAAAGGUUCAUUCUAAUACUGUAUGUGACAGUUCUCAUUGGAAGUUAGUGGAUCAAAUCCUGUUAAUUUAUCACUCAUUGAUUGUUUAGAUGGGUAUAAAACAAUUUAGCUUCAGCAACGAAUGCAUAGCUUUCAGUACCAUGUGCAAAAUGUGUAGUUUUUUUUGUUUUUUUGUUGUUGUUUUUUUCUUCAGAACAUGUACUUUUUGUUGUUUUUGCUUGUAAAACUUAAAAAGAAAAUUUUAUGAUUUGAAAAUGAUAGCUUUAAUUAAAAGUAUCGAAUGAUACAUUGUAUAAAUCAGUAUUAAUCCAUGGAAAUUUUUGUAUGUUAAGUUUUAAGCUAGUCUUUUAACUAGAUGUUUGCACUUAUGAAGACACUUCCUAUAAGGCCUUCUCGACCUUAGUACAGUAGUACAUGUU